AUGUUCAUUUCCAUCUUCUCUUUUAUGUCGCCAAAUACUUGGAGUAUGGGCUUUGCAGCUGGAGAUCACAUAUUCAUCGUUAGGUUACAUUUCAGAGGUGACAUAUUCAUCAUCAGCAACUGCAAAAAGUCAGCAAAAGAAAAAGAGUCUUCAACUGAUAAGGUUGAUGGUUCUCAUGAAGUGGCCGAAAUCGUUACUUAUGAAUGUGCUAAUCUUAAAUGCAAAAAUAUCAAAAUUUCGGUUAUUCCAAGAUUUAAAAUCCCACUUCGGGUUCAAGACAACACAGCAAGAUUGACUUUAACUUUAUUUGACCAAGAAGCAAAGAAUUUGUUCAAAUACACAGCUAAAGAGUUGUAUGAUAAAAACAAGAAGCUUGGCAACAAUUUGGAAUUGUAUCCAAUGGAGUUGAAAGUUGUGUUGGACAGAAAGUUGGUAAUUAAGAUUGAUAUCACACGUUACAAUGUCGAUAAUAAAAGUAAUCUUUAUAGGAUAUCAAGAUUAACCGAGAAUGCAGACAUAAUUGAUGAAAUGGAAAAAAAUAAUCUUACUCCACAGCCUGCUAAUUCUGAUUCAUUAUUGAUUGGUUCUUCAGAUGUUGGUUCUCAUGACACCAAAGUUCUCAAGACCGGUGAAAAUUUAACUCCAUGUGCUAGGGACAAGUCAACUGCAACAAGUCCUAUAAAAUUCAUUUCUACACCAAUUGAGUUGAAAAGAAACCUUGCUACAUGCAUAGAUAUUGAUGAAAUGGAGAAUUUGUCUACUUCUAAAAAUCCUAGACUGUCACCACCAGAUGAACAACCAACUCCUCUUUUGGUACCCAAGAAAGAAAAGUAA